AUGUACAUUCCACAAAAACGUCAAAAUGACUCGAAUAAGAACAACAUAGUUAUUAUUUGUUGCGUGACCGUCAUAUUUGCAGUCGCGGUCUGUGUGGGCGUCUACUUCCUGUUCCGUUAUAUGCGACAACAUCACUACGAACCGAAAUACCUUCCGGGAAAAUACCUCAAGCAGAAAUGGAAAAAAUGGGGCCCAGGAAGUGCAUCAUACGGCCAGGUUCCGAAUCAAAGAACUGGCCAAAAUACCUCUUAUCGUGGAGCGGCUGCAGCACCGGAGAUGCAGACCACUGAUGGCGUCCGCCGCGAUACCUCGAUCCGUUCGAUUAUGACCCUCCCACCUUAUUCCCAAAGCCCGAAGCCGACCGAACAAGUUAUCGCCCGAGAGGGUGAACGUGGUGGGAUGGAUAUGGUCGUGGAAUACCCGGAGACUGCAGAGGAACAGGAAACUCGCCGGGAGGAACAGAUGGAGUCGAUGUACCAGAUACGCCUGCAGCGCCGUCAGGAACUAGCCGAUCGCGAAACGCGCCGUCGGGAGCGACGAGAAGCUCGGUCGCGGGGGGAUUUUGCUCGCCUUGAGCAGCUCAAUGCCGAGACUCGAGCUCGGACGGAACGUCGCCGUGCAGGAACCAACAGUGCAGUCGACGUAUCCACGGUCCUGACCGAGAAUCAGAGAGAGCGGGACCGACGCAUCGCUAGCGUUAGCUAUGCUGAAAUUGGACGUGUUCGCCACGAUGGAUCACGACUUCGAGCUGACUCGCACAAUUCUGACAUGAACGAUUCGGACAGCCGACCGCUAUUGCAAAGUGACUCCGCGCAAUCCUUCGAACCAUCCGGCCGAGGCCAAUCCGUUUCUUCGUCGAUCAGCGAAUCGCAGAAUUCUACUGAGCUUGAACGACUAACCCUGGCUGCGACCACGACACACGACUCGGGCCGACUAGGAACACAACCCGACGAUGGAGAUCUGGGGAUGCUCAAUAUCCCUCCGCCUCCCGAUUACGAGUACUUGGACUGGGGUGACGCCCCUGCAUAUCAAAGUCCUGUUGUGGAGCAGACUGAACAGCCGCAACAGCUCCCACCUAUCGACCGCUCGUCUUCGAUCCACAUCGAUGUGCCCAAUCCCGUGGCUGCCUCUCCGGUGACGCCGACUCAGUCGCAAUUCCAAAGUACCAACAAUGAUGAACCUCCAACGCCGACAGAGCGGACGCCGGGAAUCCGAAUGGUGUCAGCAGAAUCGGCGAUUACCACCCGUACGACUACCACCCGUGGUCCACCACCCAUACUCCAUGAUUCGACCACCUCUGAAAGCAGCCAUUGA